GAUGUCGUCAUCGUCGCCUGGUAAUUUUCGCCGCCCGGACAAAACACGACUAAUUUUAUUAAAGAAUAAAACAAAAGUACACUACCGUCUGCAACCAUGUCUGUGAAUUAUGCAGCUGGACUCACCCCUUACGCAAACAAAGGUGUCUGCGGACUUCCUGAGCACUUUGAUAAUCCUGAGGAGCUGAAGGCCAAGGUGGAGACUCUAGCUCAGCUGAUUAAAGAAUCUCAGUACUUGGUUGUCCACUCGGGAGCUGGGAUCAGCACCUCGGCAGGUAUCCCCGACUUCAGGGGACCCAAGGGUGUGUGGACUCUUGAAGAAAAGGGUGAGUCACCUCAUUUUGAUACCACAUUUGAAGAUGCUCGCCCAAGCUUCACUCACAUGGCUCUCCUGGGACUGCAGAGGGCAGGGUACCUCAAAUAUCUCAUCAGCCAGAAUGUGGACGGCCUGCAUGUGCGAUCAGGCUUCCCCAGGGAUUUGUUAUCAGAGCUUCAUGGGAACAUGUUUGUGGAGGAGUGUGAGAAGUGUGGCAGGCAGUACGUCCGAGAAAAGGUGAUCGGUGUGAUGGGCCUGAAACCAACAGGACGCUACUGUGAGGUGGUACGAUCCAGAGGGCUCAGAGCGUGCAGAGGGAAGCUGAUCAGCACUAUACUUGACUGGGAGGAUGCUCUUCCUGACAGAGACCUGAAUAAAGCAGAUGAUGCAAGCAGACGAGCGGACCUGGCUCUGACUCUGGGCACGUCCCUGCAGAUCAAACCCAGUGGAGACCUCCCACUCCUCACUAAGCGCAAGGGUGGCAAACUGGUUAUUGUCAACCUGCAGCCGACCAAACACGACAAGCAUGCACACCUGCGUAUGCAUGGUUAUGUGGACGACGUCAUGAAACAGCUGAUGGAGCUGCUGGGACUGGAAAUCCCAAAGUGGGACGGACCAACUGUCUGCGAGAGCUCCACAGCUACCACUGAGACCACUGCCGAUGUCAAACCACCGCGUGGAGUUACUGCGAAGGAAAAGGUGGAAAAGAACUUUGUUAAGGAGGAGAGGAAAAGAGAAGCUUCACAGCUAACGGACGAUGAAAGCGUUAAGGAGGAGACAGUUUCAGUAAAGAGGGAGAGAGCGGACCUCCCGGUGGAGAUAAAUGAAGAGAAAUAGCCUGAGGUGCUCUUUCUGAAAAGCACGCCACAAACCCGUCCACAACAGAACCUCACAGCCGAAGGUGAUUUGAGCUGUUUCACGGAGGUCAGAGCUUCUUCUCAUCUGGAACAAAGACUUUUCUAGUGCUGUAGUGGGUUUUUUAAUCAGAGAUUUCUGACACUCCCCUUGCUGUCAUGUUAAGCGGCGAUGUGAAACUGAUGCAGCUCGAGCCUGAACGAACUCUUGAGUUACAGAGAGGAUGUAAAAGUUCCUCCUGCCAUAGUAUGGGGCAUCUCGGGCAACAAGGUGUUUUGCUUUAGGUGGAGAGCAGGGCUGUUGCAGGUGGGAUAAUGAGAUGAGAUCUGGAGCACUUCAUGACAAAUAUAGUUUUAAUCAGGUUUGUAAGAUAGCUGCACCAUAUUAAAGCUUUAUUCAUAGCCAUGUGCUCCAGAUCUCAUCCCUGGAGACCUUGUCUCUAAAGACUCUUUAGAAAAUAUGAAUAACAAGUAUCUACUUUGAGUUGAGGGAAAUUUCAGUUUUGAUUCAUAAUCAUGCUGUAUAUUUUUAGGAAAAUAUUUAUAACUCAGGAUAAAAGUACUGUGCUCUCAGUUUGUUUGUUUGUUUCAUACAGUUUGUAUAUGUUUUGACAAUAAACACCAAAAAAAUCU